CGAGGAUGCCGUUUCCUUUUCGGUCUCCGGCUGCAGGGGGCGCUCGGCCCUGUGUAGGGAAGACGGUGCCUCGGUGGGACAGACCCAGCUUUCCGCGUUACUAGGCCGGAGCACUUUGCACUGGAGGGAUUAGCAAACUGGCCACGAGAUAGGGAGCUAUGACCACCAAAGAUUAUCCAUCACUGUGGGGUUUUGGAACAACAAAAACGUUUAAAAUUCCCAUUGAACAUCUGGAUUUCAAAUACAUUGAAAAAUGUUCAGAUGUUAAACAUCUGGAAAAAAUUCUUUGUGUGCUCAGGUCUGGUGAGGAAGGAUAUUAUCCUGAACUUACAGAAUUUUGUGAAAAGCACCUUCAAGCCUUGGCCCCUGAAAGUAGAGCUUUGAGGAAAGAUAAACCAGCAGCAACAGCAGCCAGUUUUACAGCUGAAGAAUGGGAAAAAAUUGAUGGUGAUAUAAAGAGUUGGGUAUCAGAAAUUAAGAAAGAAGAAGAUAAAAUGUACUUUCAUGAAACCGAGACAUUUCCGGCAAUGAAAGAUAAUUUGCCUCCAGUUCGUGGUUCAAACAGCUGUCUUCAUGCUGGCAAAGGAAAAUAUUCUAAAAGACCAACUAAAAAGAAAACUCCAAGAGAUUAUGCAGAAUGGGAUAAAUUUGAUGUGGAAAAGGAAUGUUUAAAAAUUGAUGAAGAUUACAAAGAAAAGACGGCAAUAGACAAGUCGUACUUGUCUAAAAUUGAGACAAGAAUAGAGACAGCAGGACUGACUGAGAAAGAGAAGGAUUUUCUUGCCACUCGUGAAAAGGAGAAAGGAAACGAAGCUUUCAACUCAGGUGAUUAUGAAGAAGCAGUGAAGUAUUAUACCAGGAGCAUAUCAGUGCUUCCCACUGUAGUUUCCUAUAACAACCGAGCUCAAGCAGAAAUCAAAUUACAGAACUGGAAUAGUGCUUUUCAGGAUUGUGAAAAGGUCUUGGAGUUAGAACCUGGAAAUGUAAAGGCUCUUCUGCGUCGUGCUACUACAUAUAAACAUCAAAACAAGCUCAAGGAAGCUAUAGAAGAUUUGAGUAAAGUACUAGAUGUUGAGCCUGAUAAUGAUUUGGCCAAGAAAAUCUUGUCAGAGGUUGAAAGAGAUCUGAAGAAUUCUGAAGCUGCAUCUAAGACUCAAACCAAAGGGAAAAGGAUGGUUAUUCAGGAAAUAGAAAACUCCGAAGAUGAAGAAGAAAAAGACAGUGAAAGAAAACAUGAAGAUGGCAGUGGAGAUAAGAAGCCCGCGGAGCCGGCGGGAGCCGCGCACACAGCCCCGACGUGCGCCAUGGGCAACAUCCAGAAGAAGCUGAGCAGCAAAGCCGAGGGCGGCAAGCGGCCGGCCAGGGGUGCGCCGCGGCGGGGCCAGACCCCGGAGGCCGGCGCGGACGAGCAGAGCCGGCAGCGGGCCUCGGCGGGGGCGGGCGGCGGUGCCAACGGGCAUCCGAGCGGCGGGCGGGGCGAGGGGGACCCCGUUGCGCCUCCGCCUGCCGCCCUGGUCAGCCCCGCCAGCCUGAAGAGCCAGGGCAACGAGCUGUUCCGAAGCGGGCGGUUCGCCGAGGCGGCCCACGAGUAUUCGGCGGCAAUCGCGCUCCUGGAGCCGGCCGGAAGUGAAAGUGCAGAUGAUCUAAGUAUCUUAUAUUCAAAUAGAGCAGCAUGUUACCUAAAAGAAGGAAACUGCCGUGGCUGCAUUCAAGAUUGUAACAGGGCUCUGGAACUUCAUCCAUUCUCAAUGAAACCUCUUCUGCGGCGGGCAAUGGCCUAUGAAACUCUGGAGCAGUACGGGAAGGCUUAUGUGGAUUAUAAAACAGUGUUGCAAAUAGACUGUGGACUCCAGCUAGCAAAUGACAGUGUUAACAGACUAUCAAGAAUUUUAAUAGUGCUAGAUGGACCAAAUUGGCGGGAGAAGCUGUCACCCAUUCCUGCUGUGCCUGCCUUUGUGCCACUGCAAGCUUGGCAUCCGGCAACAGAGAAGAUCUCAAACCAAGUAGGAAAUUCCAGCAGCCAUCACCAGCAGGCCAUCACAGAUGAAAAAACAUUUAAAGCCCUUAAAGAAGAAGCAAAUCAAUGUGUAAAUGACAAAAACUAUGAAGACGCCCUCACUAAAUACAGCGAAUGCUUAAAAAUUUACAAUAAGGAAUGUGCCAUAUAUACAAACAGAGCUCUCUGUUACUUGAAGCUGUGCCAGUUUGAAGCGGCAAAGCAGGACUGUGAUCAGGCACUUCAGCUAGAUGAUGGGAACGUGAAAGCGUGCUAUAGACGAGCUCUGGCUCAUAAAGGACUCAAGAAUUAUCAGAAAAGUUUAAUUGAUCUCAAUAAAGUUCUCCUACUAGACCCAAGUAUUAUUGAGGCGAAGAUGGAACUGGAAGAAAUAACUAGACUCCUUAAUCUUAAGGAUAAGACAGCAUCAUUCAACAAAGAAAAGGAGAGAAGGAAAAUUGUGAUUCAAGAGGUGAAUGAAGGCAAUGAGGAGGAGCCUGGAAGACCUGCAGGGGAGGUCUCCACAGGAUGCCUAACUUCUGAGAAGGGAGAGAAAAGCAGUGGGUCACCAGAAGACCCUGAGAAACUUCUGAUAGCCAAGCCUAAUAAUGCCUAUGAAUUUGGUCAGAUUAUAAACACUCUCAGUACCAGGAAGGAUAAAGAAGCCUGUGCACACCUUUUAGCCGUCACUGCACCAGAAGAUCUGCCAAUGUUGUUAAGUAACAAACUUGAAGGGGAUACAUUCCUCCUCCUCAUUCAGUCUCUGAAAAAUUAUCUUAUUGAAAAAGAUCCCUCACUGGUGUAUCAGCAUCUUUUAUACCUGAGUGUAGCAGAAAGGUUUAAGAUGAUGUUGACACUAAUUAGCAAGGGCCAAAAGGAGCUCAUUGAGCAGCUGUUUGAGGACCUUUCAGGCACACCAAACCACCAUUUUACUUUAGAAGACAUACAGGCCCUAAAAAGGCAGUAUGAGCUUUAAAUCAAGAUUCUUGUUAGAUUUCUUCUGUGCAUGUGGGUGUUCCAGUAAUGUUAAUGAGAUGGUAUUGUAACAGAGUUGCAUGGAUAAAACCUGGCUUAGAAAAGAUCUUUUGGCCUGGACUAUAAAAUAUUCUACUUAUUUUUAUACAUAGAACAUGUAUAUUCUACAAUCUGCUUUUUAAUAGUUGUAAAUAUUUUCUUAUGUACCAGAGCCAGAUAAGUAUAUUUGGAACUUGUUAAAAUACAUUUUAAUUUAUAAUAUACACACUAUUUUGAUUAGCUGUUAAAAUUUUGAGUUAAAGUUGCAUUUCUUUGGGCAAGGAAGGAGUCCUCUUAAGUUUGAUAGAAAUGAAUUUCUUUAACAUUCUUUUUUUAAAAAUGGAAGUCAUUAACAGUGAUUAUUAUAUCACAUAUCCAUCCUGCUGACACAUAAAUCCCAUUUUGUACUAGUACUUGCAGAUUACAAUCAGUGAAAAUGAAAUGCAACACUGAACUCUAUAACAUGAAAAUGAUUACUAAAUAAAUUGUUUAUUAAUUUAGAGCUGUAAGAGGAACUUAUUUUUCUAAUAUGGAAGCAUUGCCUAAUAAUUAACAAAAAUUGCCAAAAAUUUUUACCACCUUUUACUAGAUCUUAAAAAGCUACUUUCCUUUAUAUAAGCCAAAAAAAAAAAAAAACCACUGUAUUAAAGCAAACUAAGCCUGCAUUUAUAUCUGAAUUAUUACCCCCAUAUUUUACCAAAGAUGUGAGUGUUCCCCUUCCCCCUUUUUUGUUUUCUGCUUUUAUGACUGUAUUCAUUCCUCUACUGUAAAAGAACAUGAAGAACUAAUAUAUGUUGAAAGCUCCUUUGUUAACUGGGUUAAAGUGAGGGACUUUCGGUCUC